AUGUUAAAUCCUGCGCGCAGAGAUUAUCGACAUCGAUAUAUGCAACGUCUUACUCCAGGAGAACGAAUUUGUUUCGAUAAUUUCCGUCAUCACGGAAUUCUUCUUCCAUUUGGUGCGCUGGAUGCUCAUCAUAACGUACCAAAUAGGUUCAUCAUAGAUCGAAUGUUUGGUUGGACAAUGGCUGAUAGUUCUGAUCCACUUUCUGGAUGGAAUAUGUUUGACGUUACCAAGAUUAAACAUGGAACCGCAAAUGAUGAUCUUUACGGAAAACUUUUCUUUUAUCUACGUCAACAAUUGGAAAAGUUUAUUGAUCGAUUGCAAAAAUUAUCUAUUAAUUUUGAUUUAUAUGAUGGGGAUGCACUUGAACUUGGUGAAAAAUUAAAAGGCAAACUAUUUGAUCGAAUUCAUGUAACUAAUCUUAGUGACGAAUUAUAUGUUGGUGUUAAACCUACAUUAACCAAAUUCCGACCGCUUCUAAAUGAUAAUAAUCCACAUGCAACUUUAAUUACUCUAUUCAUGAAUUGGUUACCUUCUAUUCCAGAAUCUGAUAAAAUAAGAAUAAUGGAAGAAAUUUUCAUGAAAAGAGCCAAUGAAUAUAAAAUGAAUCGUACUCCAUCUCUCUCCGAGGCCUCUAAUUUGGCAUCUAUGAUAACAACUCAAACUGCUACUGAAGCUACCGCUAUGUAUGACCAUACUCAAGCAUUCAAUGUAUAUAUGAAAAAGAUGGGUGCGAAUAAAACUGCAGAAAAGGUCGGAUUGCGUCGUCGAGAAGUUCAUAAAGUCGUGCCCAAGAGAAUUGGUGCCAGUAUGAAACAAGAUGAACAAAACAAU